UGAGUUGAAUGAAAUGAAUUGAAUGUGACAUGGCGUCGACCAAGAUAUAUCACGGAUAAUUCUUGUUUUAAUGACAGUGGCCUCUUUUAGUAUUUUAUUACUGAGGCCGUAAUAAAUCGUACAUUUGCAUUGAUGGUAAUGCAUGCAAGGAAACCGCAGCGAAUAAGCGAUGGGUACUUUGAGAAGCACCAAGCCCAUCCGUAUCAGAAAUACAAUACCAAAAGUGAUAGAAGGGUUAACGAGUAUGUACCUUCUGACAACCGAUAUACACCACUCCGUUCCCCAAAUGGCAAUGUCUCCGUACAUGGACAUGGGGCCCACACAGCCCAUGCGGGGCACGGACACCACCACUACAGUCAUGUGGUUGAUGAAAGAGGAUAUGCAAUGUCUAGAAAUACCUAUAUACAGAAAGGUUCUGAAAAGGAGAGAGAUAGAGACUAUAAAUCCUCUAGAAAUAAGUACACAGAUAGUGUCAGGUCCCCAAAGGAGAAACGUGAGAGAAUCAAAGAAAGUGAAAGGGAGAGAAGUAAUCAUGAACGAAGUGAAUCAGAGAAAAAGAAUAGGACUAGUGGCAUAAACAUAAGUGUUAAUAGAAGUAGUAAAUAUGAUAAAAGAAGUGCUCCCUCAGGGAGUGUACCUUCUGGCAGUGAAUGGUCAGAGCAUAUUAGUUCUUCAGGAAAGAAGUAUUAUUAUAACUGUAUCAGUGAAGUGUCACAGUGGGAGAAGCCCCGGGAGUGGGACACAAGAAGGACAUCAUCCAAAGAUUCUACAUAUUCAUCCAGAAGCAAUAGAGAAAAACGAUCCAGUUCACGAUCGGGCAGAAGAGAAGUGGAGAAACCAAGUAAAAGAACCAAUAGCGGGUCAGAAAGGUACUGGAAUAAUGGUGGCCGGGAGGACGACCCUCACGACCGGCCUCGGCCAAAACUCUCUUCGGCGCCGCACGAAGGAAAAGAUGGGCAGUCAUUACAAGACAUGGACAUAUCUCCGGACCGGAGUACGCCGCUGUCGGAGAACUCGUACGGCGGUCGGGACGGCGCCUCCGCGGCGCGCAACAACGCCGACACGAACGCGGUGCCGCCCGUCGUCGUGCUCGAUAAUUCUAACCAACCGAGCGGUUCGUUGUUGGCGGCGGCCCUGCCUCGCAUCGUGGCGGCGCCGGCGGUGUCGAUGCCGGUGGCGGGCGCGGCGGCCGCGACGGCGGGCGGGACGGCGGCGCCGGCCAACAACGGCGGCGCCACGCCCGAGGGCAGCGGCGGCGGCUCACCGCACCGCGACGCCGGCCCGCCCACGCCCACGCACUCUGAGAACACCGACCCGCACGCACCGCCUCUGCAUCUAGACACGGCAUUGCCCAGGAAAAUGGAGUGCCUGGGCAGCUACUCAUCGGUGGUGGGCGGCGCGCUGCACCACCCGCAGGCGCCCGCGCUCACGCCGUCGCUCGUCAACUACGUGCGCGCCGACCUCACGGCGCACGUCUCCGGCUGGCCCGCCGACAUCCUCGAGAAACAGGCUAAUAAAUACACCGAAGAAGCCUAUCAACUUGGGUGUCUACAGUGUACACGCGUGUCUGCCGAGCUGAAGUGUUCGCGCUCACUCGUACGCCACACGGAGAUACAAGCCACCUUACAAGAACAGAAGAUAAUGUACCUGCGGCAGCAGAUCUCGCGGCUGGAGGAGCUGAAGUCGCAGAACUCGUUCAUGUCGUCGUCGGAGGACUAGGGGAGUGCGCGGGGCGCCGCGCACGCUCUCGCCGCCGCGCCCGCUCCCGCCGCCGCGCCCGCGCCCCGCCCUCGGCUAGCGCCCGCCGCCGCCGCCGCCGCCGCCGCCGCGCCCACGUGACGUGAGGACCUUUUCAUUUACCUAUCAAUGCUGAAACAUUGUUCAUUCCGUUCUCUUUCUAUGUAAUUUAGAUCGAAUGAUUAUUGUUAAAUGUGUUGUGUGAUUUGGUGUUAAAUUCUAAGCAAUUGUUCUCGUGAAAAUCGGCACGAUUGGUCAAAUUGGGUUUGAAUAAUAAUUUUACAAUUGUAUGACAUUAAUAAAUGAUUAUUAAUAAAUGACAUGAAUGGUAAGUAAGUCUAGUACGUUGAAGUGAGUGAGGGAGCUCUCGCGCCGUGCUCCGUUCACUACUUAGACUGACUCUUCACUUCACUAUUUUUAUUUAUUAUAUUUUUAAUUGCAUUAAGGAUCGCCAGGCGACUUCUGUCUAUGUAUGUGCUAAUUUUAUAUGGUUUUAGUAAAAUGUAUGCCAGUUGUUUGCGCAAUGUAUUUCUAUAUAAAACGUACGUUACUUAACCUGAUACACCUGUACUUUAUUUGACGACUGAAGGAUUUGUUCAUACAUAUUGUAUUACCCUUAUAUUUAUAUUGUUGUCUGAAUAGAACCAAACUAUGAUAGUGUUGUCUGAUGUAGUUCAGUUUCCUGGCGGCUCUUAAUGUUUAUUUCUAUAACUUGGCAUUUUUAUAUUUAGAUUUUGAAUACACGUAGAUAAUUCUUUGCAUGAUAACUUUUUCAGUUGGGUCACUUUUGUAAUAUUUUAUUAUUAAACGAUAAUUUCGGUCAUAUGUAAGGAUACAGUGAUUUUAUAAAGUGUUUAUUGUAAAAUAAUAAAUUAUUGAAAUAAUUGUUUCAUA